UGUAGCCGCAAGGGGACACAAGCCAGUGUCUUAUUGUGCCAGCCCCAAGCCCGGAUAAAUACAGAGGGUUGUGUCAGGAAGGGCAUCUGACGUAAAACUUUGGCCAAAUCAAACAUGCGAAUCAAAUGUAUGACUUCCAUACCGGAUUGGUCGAGGCCUGGGUUAACAACGACCGCCAUCGGUGCUGUCGACCUACAGGGUGCCGGUGGAAAAUGGACGACUGUUGGUCGAAGAAGGAGGGGAGGAAGGUGUGUUCGUAGGAAGAGAGAGAAGAGGAACACCAAGAGUCUAGGACUGAGAGUAGGGACUUUGAAUGUUGGAACUAUGACAGGAAAAGGUAGAGAGCUGGUUGACAUGAUGCAGAGGAGGAAGGUGGACAUACUGUGUGUCCAGGAGACCAGGUGGAAAGGUAGUAAAGCUACAAGUUUAGGAGCAGGGUUCAAGUUGUUCUAUCAUGGUGUAGAUAGGAAGAGAAAUGGAGUAGGAGUUAUCUUGAAGGAGGAGUUUGUUAGGAAUGUCCUGGAGGUAAAAAGAGUGUCAGAUUGAGUGAUGAGCCUGAAGCUAGAAAUCGAAGGUGUGAUGUUCAAUGUUGUUAGUGGGUAUGCUCCACAGGUAGGAUGUGAGCUGGAGGAGAAGGACAAAUUCUGGUUGGACCUUGAUGAAGUGAUGCAGAGCAUCCCUAGAAGUGAGAGAGUUGUCAUUGGUGCAGACUUCAAUGGACAUGUUGGUGCAGGAAACGGAGAUGAUGAGGAGGUCAUGGGCAGGUUUGGUAUCCAGGAGAGGAACGCAGAAGGACAGAUGGUGGUUGACUUUGCAAAAAGGAUGGAAAUGGCUGUAGUGAAUACUUUCUUCCAGAAGAGGCAGGAACAUAGGGUGACCUAUGAGAGUGGAGGUAGGAGCACACAGGUAGAUUACAUCUUGUGUAGACGGUGUAAUCUGAAGGAGAUCAGUGACUGCAAAGUAGUGGUAGGUGAGAGUGUAGCCAGACAGCAUAGGAUGGUGGUGUGUAGGAUGACCCUGGUGGUGAAGAAGAUGAAGAGGGCAAAGGCAGAGCAGAGGACCAAAUGGUGGAAGCUGAUAAAGGAAGAGUGUUGUAUGACUUUCAGGAAAGAGUUGAGGCAGGCUGUGGAUGGUCAGGAGGUGCUUCCAGAUGACUGGACAACUACAGCAAAUGUGAUCAGGGAUACAGGUCGGAGAGUACUUGGUGUGUCACCUGGAAGGAAAGGAGAUGAAGAGACUUGGUGGUGGAAUGAGGAGGUGCAGGAGUGGAUCCAGAGAAAGAGGUUAGCUAAGAAGAAGUGGGACACUGAGAGGACUGAAGAGACUAGACAGGAGUACAGGGAGAUGCGGCGUAAGGUGAAAGUAGAGGUGGCAAAGGCCAAACAAGGGGCUUACGAUUACUUGUAUGCUAAGUUGGACAGUAAGGAGGGAGAGACUGAUCUGUACAGGUUGGCAAGGCAGAGAGACAGAGAUGGGAAGGACGUGCAGCAGGUUAGGGUGAUAAAGGAUAAGGACGGAAGUGUGUUGACAGGUGCCAAUAGUGUGAUGGGAAGAUGGAAAAACUGUGCAUGCGCUAGCCAUUCGCCACUUCGCCAUAAGCGAAGCCUUCCUCAGGAUGGCCAAGCCAUUUUUAGCAUGUUUAGCCACGGUGGCGAAGCUAAUUUUGCCUAAUAAAUGUGAAAAAAUGGUUAGCUUACAACUUUUUCGUAAUUUGCCGCGCGAUAAUCAAAGAAAAUACCAAACCACGUCUCCUUUACUGAAGAGCGCUACCGAGUAUAACCAGUGAAAUGAUUGAUAUUGUUGCCGUGUUCUGCCUGGAGGUGUCUGUGUGCGCUGCACCCGACAGCAGCCGACGGCAGAGCAGACGUGCCGGCGGGUGCGCGCUGUGCGUGCCGCUGCACCACUGCGUGUCACUCCUCAACAGGUGGGCUCAAUUUGAGGAAAUCAGUUGCACACGCCAAAACCAAGCAAUAUAAACGCCAGACCAGUCGUUCUGAUUGGCGAACGGAGCAACAACGACAGCACGGCGGCAAAGAAAGAAGCAUUAACUAAGAAACGCAUGGGAAAAAGGGACUGAGGCCAAAAGAGGCCACCAGUAAGCAUGUGUCUCUCACAUGGAAGUUUCAUUCAGGAGCAUAGGCGUCAGUUUAGGGGGGGACGGUGGGGACGUGUCCCCCCCCACUUUUUGUCAGGGGUAAUUUUGUCUCCAACACAUUCAAAUUCUUCACAUAUAAGCCGUUGUAAACCCGGUUAUUUUCAGCAGUAUAGAAAAUUCCGACGCUCCUGAACGCACCAUCCGCACUCGGCUGAGAGUUGCACAGACAUGCAGCACACCUUUGUGAGGUUAAAAAAAACCAUGCAGAUGCUAAAUUUGCGCCCGUACCAAGUGGAAGGUCCGACCAGAGGCGUGAAGGGGCAAAAUUUCGGCCAGGGAGAAUUAGUAUUAUAGCGGCCCACAGACCUCUCUACUUGUAUUUACCGAUAGCUCAACAGGUUGAGCCUUCACUUUUGGUGCGGUGGUUGUGAGUUCGAGCCCAGCUUGUAGCAUUUUGCCGCCGUUCUUCGACAUUUUCUCAAAGUGCUGUGGUCUCCAUCCCCCCCACUUUUAAAAACAAACUGACGCCCUUGUUCAGGAGGGUUGUUUUGAAUGCCUGUUGUUUAUUUGGUAAAUGCUGGUGAAGUGCUAAAUCCCUGUGUAAAUUCUGUUAGAAAAUGCCAGUGUAAAUUAUGUUAAGUGCAUGUAAAAAUUAAUUCAGGUGAAAUUGGUUGAUUUAAAUGUUCUAAAAUGUAGGACAAUAUGUUUACUUAAAACCUGAUGAUGUAUUUACUUUAGGUGAAAGCAUAUGUGUUUAUUUGCUCAUUUUUGUGUUUAAGGUUUUUCACCUACUGUAUCACUCUGCAUCACUACUGCCAUCACUACUACUGCUUCAUUGCAUGGAAUUAAAUAAAAAGUGAAAAGAGUGGAAUCCUGUUGCACGACCAGUCCUUCCUCUUCAAGU